GCUCCGGGUGUGGCUGCUGUAAAGUUGUUUCGUCUCCAAAGCGUCCUGUGCGUAACUCUGCCCCAUUGUAAACCAACCUGACUGUGCGCAAGUGAACUGCGAGAGGACCUUUUACUGCAGUCUGACGGACACCAGAGAGCCGCAGGACAGACAUCAGAUCAUGUCCGGUCUGAAGGCGGUUACUGUCAUCGGCCUGGGGGUCGGAGUCCUGCUGGUCGCUCAGUCCAGAGACCCGCUGAACGCAGGACGCAGCGCGGAGUCCACAUGGAGCGAAUCUGGUCUGCAGGGAGCUCCAACCCGGGCUGUCCUCUGCAUCCUCGCCGCGGUUUCCCUCCUCGCCUUGCGCUGGCUCUACCGGCUGCUCUUCAGUCCGCUGGAGCUGCUGAAGGCGCCGGAGGAUGUUGGAUACAUCGCCGAGGACGGUCGCACCAGAGCGCAGGCGGCCAACGAGGUGCGCCGCAGGAGGAAAGUCGGGGAGCUGCCUCCGGUUUACCCAAACGGCUGGUACCGAGUGCUGGACUCACACAUGCUGGAGAGGGGCGAGGUCAAAAGUGUCUUUAUUCUAGGUGAGCAGCUGGCGGUGUUUCGGGGCCAGGAUGGGAAGGCCUAUGUCCUGGACGCCUACUGCCCUCACCUGGGUGCCAACCUGGCUGUGGGAGGACGGGUGUUUGGAGGCUGCAUCGAAUGCCCGUUUCACGGUUGGCAGUUUCAGGGCAGCAAUGGCAAAUGUGUGAAGGUUCCCUAUUCAGAUAAAGUUCCAGAGAUCGCCAAGGUGCGCUCGUGGCCCAGUUGUGAGGUCAACAAGCAGAUCCUGGUCUGGUUCCACUGCGAUGGAGAAGAACCUCAGUGGAACCUCCCAGAACAGCAGGAGAUCACAAGGGGGGAGUGGGUGUACCGAGGGAGAACCGAGCACUUCAUCAACUGUCACAUACAGGAGAUUCCUGAAAAUGCAGCAGAUGUGGCUCACCUGGCUCACCUGCACACUCCGGGCAUGAUGAGCGGAGUAGAUCUGCGAUACACCAACAGCAAAACCUGGCAAUUUUUGAGACACGACUGGAAGGCUCAGUGGAUACCAGAGUCGGAGCCCAACAAACAUUGUUCCCAGAUGCUGGUGAAACAUGCGCUUACCAUCUUCGGAUACCACUGGUCUUUGCUGGAUGUUGACGUCGUGGCCAGACAGGUGGGUCCAGGUGUGGUGUACCUGCAGUUCAAACACGGUUUUCUGGGCCGAGGUGUGAUCAUGCAUUGUGUGACUCCAGUGGAGCCUCUGCUGCAGUGCGUCUCUCACACCAUCUUCUAUCAGUCUAACAUCCCACCGCUGGUGCCCAAAUUCAUCCUCAAAGUCGAGAGCAUUCAGUUUGAGCGCGAUGUGAUGAUCUGGAACAACAAGAAGUACGUCUCCAAACCUCUUCUCGUAAAGGAGGAUUCGGCCAUCCAGAAGCACCGACGCUGGUUCAGUCAGUUCUACAGCGAAAACAGUCCUCGGCUGCAGUACCAACGCGACACUUUAGACUUCUGACCUCCCUGAACGGCAGCUGGAGACUUUAAACAGGACAUAGGCUGACCUUUAAUGUCAGAGGAGGAAGUCCACGGUUGAUUUUUGUUCUGUCACAUGUAGUAAAUUAAAGGAGGAAAAGGGAAGCUUGGAUUCUUCAUUCAAUGAGACUGUGUUCUUUUAAAACCAAGCAUUUUACAUUAUUCAAACUUCUUUUUGGCCUUGUAAAAGCCAAUUACAUGACUUCCCAGCCUCGUAUACAGUAGAAAAGUGCCUGACUGAGUGGAUUCAGCCCAUAAAUGUGAAAUUUUGAUUAAGAAAUGCCUUGUUGUAACACUGACACCAGCUUAAUCUGCACAAUUUAGAUAAUUAAAUAUACCAUGUCUUGUGAUUCAGUGAACUUUUCAGCAGAUAUGUGAAUGUUUUUCUUUCUGUAAUGCUAGAUUGGGGUUAAUAUGAACUACCUUCCUCUAUUUUGAGGUCAGUGAAAAGGUUUCUUCUGAAGUAUGUGUCACAAUACAAUGAUUAAGAGCCACUUUCGUUCCGGUGUUGGCGUUAUCUGUGUUAGAAAAUCUUAAUCUGGCCUCCAGGUUUAGAGCUUUAAUGUGUAAUCACCUUGGGCUCGGCCUCAGCUGCAGGUGUGUUUGUUUGAUGAUUGAUAUCUCCGGUUAUUCAGCAGUCAGCUGAUUGUUGUAGAUACAGUACAGUACAAUGAUAACUUAAAGGACCCCUCCUCCACUUUUAAACUUGGGUCUUAGAAGUUUGUCACUUUAAAUGGCGUUGACGUGAAUUUUAGUUCUUUAGAGAAACUACUGUGCAAAGGUUUCAGGCUCUAAAAGUCAACUGAGGGUGCUUUCAAAAAUAAUAACCAACUUCAUGUCUUUAGUUGUGCAUAAACAUGGACAAACCCUCCGUAAUUUCACACAUGGGUUCCCUCAAGAGCCGUUUUAAAGCUCAGUGCAGUGGCUUUAAGCCUUAACACAAUUUAAAUGGGGGAGUUGUAUAAUCAUUCACCAACUGUAUGGUUGUCAUAAACACCAAAAUUAGCUGAAGAGACCAAAAUAGUCUUUUGUACCAGGCUGUAAACACGUUUAUUUCAGCUGUAAAGUUGGUCAUUUUAACAUGGGGGUCUAUGGAGUUUGACCCACUUCUCAGGCCAGCCUCUAGUGGCCAGUCGAGGAACUGCAGUUUUCAAUGUUGGCGUCAUUUUUCAUCCUGGAGGUUGCUGCUAGAGCAGUAAAAACAGAAAAUAGCUCUGAUAGAAUCAAUACUUUGAGUGAAAACCGUUAACCUUUAAAAUAAUUCUUGUUGAAACACUUGCAGACAGCUUCAUAUACCUGUCAUGUUGGCCGUUUAAGCAUCUCUGGUCAGUUCUUCUGUGGAUUCGUGCUGUUUUAGUGUCUUGUCUUUCAAUGUUAAUGAUCUCAGCAUCCCUGGACUCUAAAGGCUCUAAGUGACCUAAAUCUGGUGCUGAUGUACUGAGUCUUGUUCUGCUUAUGGUUAAAGGUACUUCUUUAUGAUGACUCCAGCUAUAUGACAUAUGGGUUGACACAAAUCAUCAAAUUUUUACGACAGUUUCUUCAGGACCUUCUCUCAUUUGCGUGAAUGUUUUAUAGCAUGAAAUAUGAAUAUUUAUAAAGAUAUUCGUUUUUGCCUGGUAUAUAAAAUACUUAUACAAACAGGAGAAUACGAGACCGUAUAUUUUCAAAUUACCCAUCGACGCACAGUUAGCACAUUUAAAUUUGGGGUUAUAUUUGGAUGAUAAUGUCUUAGGAACUAUUAAAGAGAAAAGCCUGAAAUUUUUACAGUUAUUUUUCCAUCAUACCAUUGAUUCAGAAUCUGCAAUAUUGGACCAGUAAAUGGAAAUAAUAUGGAAAUAAAAUGAAGCCCAUCUUUUAGCACAAAUUAACAAAGAAAUUCAUGAUGCAAAAGUCAACUAGUGAUAAUUUCUGAAGCAUAUGUAGCUGAACAAACAAAAUACAUGGAAUACAUUUUAAUAUGAACUGCUUGGCCACAAAAAUUAAAAUAAAGUUGCUUUUCAUUGAAUUUUCAAAACUUACUGAGCAGAUAUGAUCAAUUUUACCACAAAAGAAAGGAGAUAGCAUGCAGUCGAUUUUUAGGCCUUUUAACUCUUUAAAUUCUACUAUAAAAAUGUAAUCAAGAAUCACAUUAUGGGUGCAGUUAGAGUGAACCAAAACUGUUACUGGCUGGAAAUAAAACACUGGUGCAGCUUUAAUUGACCCUUUCCACCUACAUGUAGUGAAGUGAUCUUUUGCUAAUGUGAAAAUGUUGAUUAUAUCCACUGUAUGUACACUACCGUUCAAAAGUUUGGGGUCACUUAGAAAUGUCCUUAUUUUUUAAAGAAAAGCAGUUUUUUUUCAAUGAAGAUAACAUUAAAUGAAUCAUAAAUCCAGUCUAGACAUUGAUUUAUAUUCAUUAAUGUGGUAAAUAACUAUUCUUGCUGGAAACGGCUGAUUUUUAAUGGAAUAUCUCCAUAGAGGUACAGAGGAACAUUUCCAGCAACCAUCACUCCUGUGUUCUAAUGCUACAUUGUGUUAGCUAAUGGUGCUGAAAGGCUAAUUGAUGAUUAGAAAACCCUUGUGCAGUUGUGUUAGCACAUGAAUAAAAGUGUGAGUUUUCAUGGAAAACUUUUGAACGAUACUGUAUGUGUACGACCCAACAUGUUGGACUAUUGUUUUAACAAAAAUAAUCAGUUUACAGACUUUUGUCAAUCAGAUAUUAUAGUAACAAAUGAUGAACUGAUCCUUGCAGUUUGUUCAGAUGCUGACUGUGAAAUGAAACUUUGCUUUAACCUCAUAAGAUACUGAGGCUGAAAUAAAGAUGACUCAUUUUUACAGGUGACAACAAA